AUGUCUAGCGAGCUUCUAAAAAAAGAUUGUAAUUUUGUCUGGAAAAUCCGAAUAUCAAAGGUUUUCUUCGUUCUCCGUAAAAAGUUCAACCAAAUAUCCUUUCUCCACGUGUACCAUCACGCUGGAAUGGUGAUCUUGUCGUGGGCAGCUACCAUGUAUUACCCAGGUGGCCAUGGAACAAUGGUCGGAGUUAUAAACACAUUUGUUCAUAUCAUCAUGUAUUCUUAUUACCUACUUACCGUGGCAUAUCCAAGUGUGAAAGGUUCUUUAUGGUGGAAGAAAUACAUAACGCAGUUGCAAAUUAUACAAUUCUUCCACAACGUAGUACACAUGGGUUGCAUAGUCUUCAUGCCCAAUUGUGGCUUCCCAAGAUGGACUGCUGCCGUUUUCCUACCACAGAACACGUUUAUGCUAAUACUCUUCUUAGACUUCUACAUAAAAGCUUACAUCAAGAAAUCGAACCCCAAACCAGUUAAGAAAGAACUAGAAGCAUCCGAAGGAACAAACUACACUAAGAAUUCAGAGAUUCAGUGGCUAAUUGAAUCCAGCCACGAGAAGGAGAAUUUAAAUACGCGAUCUUAA